CCCUCAGAAGGAUUUAUAAAACCCUAAAUUUACUCAGCGUUUCGUCUCUUGCUUGUUGAUCAAGCAGGAUAUCUCCAGAGAGAUUCGUACUUCUUCUUCUUCCUUUGUGAACGAUUAUGAUUUUGUUUUGAACAGAUACGAAUAGUCACCACCGAGGAAGAGAGAUUUUACGGUUAAUGUUUCGCAUAUUCAUGAAGAAAACUCGUCGAUGGCAGAGGAUUCUCCUCCUCUCCCUGCUAUCGAUCUCUUUCUUCUCCCCGCUUAUUCUCGUCUCGAAUCGGCUUCAGAGCAUCACUCCCAUUGGUCGUAGAGAAUCUAUUGAAGACUUAUCCAACUUUAGACAGAGGACAAAUGACCUUAGACUUAAUGCUAUUGAACAUGUGGGUGGAGAAGGCUUGAAGGGGCCAAGGCUCAUUCUCUUCAAGGAUGAGGAGUCUAAUGGAAAUGGUGCUGUUAUCAAGUCCAACGAGAAUGAGACAACUAUUGAUGAUCUCCCAAAAACUAAUGGAGAUGAUCUCCAAUACAAGGAGGAAAAAGUAAUGGAUUCACAGCAGACGACAGGAAGCUCUGAUGGGAAGGACCAGUUUCAAACGGUUAAGGAACUUGUUAGUAAAACGGAUUUCAAAACACCUUUAUCCAAGUUUGUAAAGAGGACAAAGGCUCUGCGUGAGGGAGCAAUAGAUAUCAAGAUAAAGGAGAUCAGAGACAAAAUUAUACAAGCUAAGGCCUACCUGAAUUUUGCCCCACCUGGAAGUAAUUCUCAGUUUGUGAAGGAGUUGAGAACUCGAAUGAGAGAUCUGGAACGGGCUGUUGGUGACGUGACAAAGGAUAAGGAUUUGUCAAAGGGCGCUCUUCGCAGGUUGAAGCCGAUGGAGGCUGUAUUAUACAAGGCUAGUCGUGUCUUCAACAAUUGCCCUGCCAUGGCUACCAAACUCCGUGCCAUGAAUUACAAUACAGAAGAGCUAGUUCAGGCGCAGAAGAAACAAGCAGCAUAUCUAAUGGACCUUGCUGCAAGGACCACCCCAAAAGGGCAACACUGUCUCUCCAUGCGUUUGACAUCAGAGUACUUUGCCCUGGAUCCUGAGAAAAGGCAGAUGCCUAACCAGGAAAAUUACAAUGAUCCUAGUCUCAAUCAUUAUGUUGUCUUCUCUGACAAUGUUUUGGCUUCUUCAGUUGUUGUUAACUCCACAAUAUCUUCUUCAAAGGAUCCGGAAAAAAUUGUAUUCCAUGUCGUGACUGAUUCGCUUAACUACCCAUCAAUCUCAAUGUGGUUUUUGCUAAACAGACACAGUAGAGCUACUAUCCAAAUCCAAAACAUUGAUGAUAUGGAUGUCCUGCCUUCUGAUUUUGAUCAAUUGCUGAUGAAGCAAAACUCCAAUGACCCAAGAUUCAUUUCCACCCUCAACCACGCACGCUUCUAUCUCCCGGAUAUAUUCCCGGGUUUGAAAAAGAUUAUACUCUUUGACCAUGAUGUAGUAGUUCAACGAGAUUUAAGUAGACUAUGGAGCGUUGAUAUGAAAGGGAAGGUGGUUGGUGCUGUAGAGACUUGUCAAGAAGGUGAAGCUUCACUCCAUUCAAUGAGCUCAUUUAUUAAUUUCUCAGACUCAUGGGUUGCUGGGAAGUUUAAUCCUAAAGCGUGCACGUGGGCGUUUGGGAUGAAUCUAGUUGAUCUCGAAGAAUGGAGAAGACAGAAGUUGACUUCUACAUACAUAAAAUACUUCAACUUGGGAACAAAGAGACCAUUGUGGAAAGCUGGAAGCUUACCAAUAGGGUGGUUGACUUUUUAUGGGCAAACAUUAGCGUUGGACAAGAGAUGGCAUAUGAUGGGGUUAGGUCGAGAAUCAGACAUCAAAACGGUUGACAUUGAGGAAGCAGCGGUGAUACACUACGAUGGGAUCAUGAAGCCGUGGUUGGAUAUUGGAAUAGAGAAAUACAAACGUUACUGGAACAAACAUGUCCCUUACUAUCACUCCUACUUGCAACAGUGCAAUAUUCAGGCUUGAUCCGAAACAGAUUCCGAUAAUUUAGGUUCAAUUCUUUUUUUUUUUGGCUAAAUCAAGCUUCUCAGCUUCAUUCUUUAACAUUUGUUUUCCUAACAUUCUUUAACUCUUUAUAUUUUCCUAACAUGACAAAUGAAGUUAGACUUAAUGCUAUUGAACAUGUAAGUUGGAAGUUAUUUU